AUGACUCCAGCUGCCCGAGACGACACUCCCGCUGCGACUUCUAGCGCAACGCCAGCGGCAGCGCGGCCUGCACUGGCCCGGAUCUGCAAGAAGCUCGUCCUCAAGGGCCACGCCAGCAGCAGCGGGGCAUCCUACACGCUCUACCUCAAGGUCGAGGUCCCCUCGAGUCAGAAGCCGCACACCUACCCGCUCCUCCCCGACCACGAGGUCAGGCUCAAGGAUGCCGCCGUCCAUCCCCUCGACGCCGCCGGUGCCGCACCCGCCCUCUCCGAGUCCGCAGCCGCGGCCGCAGCUCAUCUCGGCAUCCCGCUGUCGGUUCACCACGGCGUAGAGUCGCCGCCCCUCCUUCCGACCGAUGGCCGCUCGACACCCACCGCGAGGCGGCGCUCUUCCAUCGGAGGCGCGCGGCGACCGCCCCACGACCUCUUCGCCUCGUCGGCGUCGAACGCCCAGGUCUCGGUGUCCAACUUCCACAUCAACUUCAUCACGCCUCCGCUGACGACGCCGCUGCUCAGCCCCCCGAGCGAGACUGCACCCGUCACCGGAUCGACUCCGAAGCGGAAGCGCAAGGAUGUGUGCGGCUUCAUCCUCAUCCUGCGCAUGGAGGUUGGCCUCGCCGCUUCCCCGCCGAGAAGUGCUUACAUGGUGCGCCUGCCGAAGCCGUACUGCCUCAACAACUACCUCAAGUUCGCGCUCGACGACUCAGUCAACCUGGGCACCGGCAACAUCGCCGUCGAGAUCGAUCCGCUCAUCCUGCCGCGCAGCCGGAGCCAGCGCCGGGCGCUCAACCGGCCCAAGCAAGUCGAAGCGGAGGAUGACGACGAUGCCAUCACCCUCGGCCCGAAUAGCGACGACAGCGACGCAGACGACGACGAAGACGACGACGAGAACACCACUGUCCAGGGCCCCUUCGAGUCCUGCGAUGCCGUCGUGGUGCGGUGGGCCGCGCCCGAGGCUGGUGAUUUCGUCUCAUCGAGCCAGCCCUCGCACCGGCUGGCAUCAGCGCUCAGAGCAGACAGGAUCGACAGCCGUAUCUGCUACGAGGCCUGCACUGCAGAUGACGGGGACCAUGCUGCCUUCCGUUUCGAGGCGACCGCAGACCUCACCGGCCUCUACUUUCCUGGCCUCGACGCAGAGGCUUCGAUGCCUAUCGUUCUCGACCUGUACGGCCAGGAAGGCACCUGGGACGUCUCCAAGGUCGAGGCGGGCGCCGGCCUCGUCUCCUGGGCUCAGCAGGAGGACGUGUCCGGCGCCAAGGACGAGGAAGACUCUGCAGAUCAGGCCGACAUCCCCUCCAAUGGCGGGCCAGAUGACGCCAGCGUGGCUCUUUUGCGUCGGUCCAGGAGCACAGACAGCCUCGACGACGACGACCUCCUCAGCGUAGCGCCUCCGUCUGGCCUCUCGGAUGCCAACAUCGACUUCUCGUUCGACAGCACGGCGGCGCCGAGCCGUCCAAAGGUCAGGCGACGGUCAAUUGUGGCCCGGGGCGGCUCGCGCCCAGCGACACCGCUGCUGGACGAGUCAAGCUCGACCGCGGGCGACGGCGCACCGCAACCCGCGUCCGUCUCGAGGCUCACGGUGCGGGCCCGACUCAGCGUGGCGGAUUUGAUGGCAGCCGGCUCGUCGACCACGCUGCUGUUGAGCGGCACAAUUAGGAUCAAGCCAAAGCAGGGUCAGCUGCCUACACCGGCCGCCGCCGACGAGAUCAAGCUCGCCCUGCCCGUGCUCCGAUUCCCCACCGCCUCGGAGCACUUCACCAGCAUCGACGUCCGCCUCGGCAAGGCUGCCGGCACUUCCACCAUCGUCUCUGACCUCCGUCGCUCGCAGUGGACCGGCUCGGAUGGCCGCAUCAAGCUGGAGCCGCACUCGUACGGCCAGAGCCUCCCUCCUGGUCAUGGGUUCGACGCAGAGGCCAGCGUCGUCACCAUCACCGCUGCGGAGGUGAUUGACGUCGAGGAUGCUACCGCUGCGAUCCCAGACGGCGCCGCUGCGACCGAACCAAGCGAUUCAGCGCUAGGAACGGACUCCCGGCUCGUCCGACCCCUGGCGCUUGCCGAAAAAUCGACGUCUACAAUACCGGACCGCAUGCCAGCACCUCCACCGGCGUCGGUCUGGUCACGAGAGGCAGCCUUCUGGGUCCAUCCCGUCCUCGACGAAGGCCGAGGGUUCACGCUCUCUGUGCGCCUGCAAUUCGACUGGCCUUCCAGCCGCGGCCAUCUUCUCCCCUCUGCGUCGCUCGACAUGGCGCCGGCGGAGGGAGGGCGAGACCCGUUGGCCGCCUUUGUCAACGGUCGACACGUUGACCUCGCGGUCGGUUCGACGCAGGCCGACGAUCCCGAGGACGUCGCGACAUGGCGCAUCGACCUGCCUCCGGAGCUGGUCGGCUGCACGGGCAGCGUCCGAGCAGACUUGCUCCUUGCGAUGCCCUGGGCCGGACGACCGGAUAUCGCUCUGCGCCUGCCUUCGUUUCGCUGGAACACCAUGGCCGUCUCGAUCGACCUGGUCGGCGACUCCGGACGCCGAGCCACCCUUUCCGGCCCUGCGCCUCGACCCAUGCUCGUCAGCCAGGCGGUCACCGGCGGCGUGCGACUCUAUGGCCUCCGCCUCGAUUCAGGGUCACCGCUUGAUGUGGCCUUCACGCUCGAGGCGCCAGUGCGGAGCGAGCAAGAGUUCCGCGUCGAGAGCGAUCACACCUUCCAAGCGCCAUCGGGGAACGACGACAGCGCAUCGCUGGCGCCGCCGGUGGAGCUCAAGCAGCUCGUUGCGACCUCAGCGCCAAAGCGAGUCACCGCGUCGCAGCCGUCGCUGCCAGCCGCGCCUUGGCCGCCGCAGCGACGUCGUGCACCCCUGAGCAUGACCUCGAUGGUCGUCGCGCUCGUCUCGUUCUUCGCCUGGUACUCGUUCCACGCGCUGUGGCCGUUUGUCCAGGACCUCAACGAGAAGGUGGGCUUCCUGGCCACGGCUCAGAACAUCGACUUCUACGACGGCAGCUACGGCUUGACGCCGGUGCUUGACACUAGCAGCGAGGCGCCGUGGCACCGGCGCCUGUUCGAGACGCUGGCAGGGACUGAGCUGCGGCAGAGCAGGUUCGACGACAUCGCCGUCGCCUACCAGAAGCUGCAGCGGGAGAUGCACGAACGGGAGCGGCGGCACGAGGAACACGAGGCAGCCAGGCAGCCACCGGUCGACGAGGCCACGCCGCUGCCCGAUGCGAGCGCACCGACCGCCUCGGUCACCGCGAGCGGCGAGGUGGUCGCCGGAAAGGACCAGACGGAGGCAACGACGACGACCCGGCCCAAAUGGGAUGCAGAAGAGUCGAGGCGCUUCUUUAGCUCGCGCAAGCUGGAGCGCGAGGCUUGGAUGAGCCAGCAGCGUGCGGCCGAGGCCGAACGGCGACGCCAGGCGAGCAUGGCCGCGGCCAGCGCCACCGCCAGCGCCACCGCCGACGAUAGCGCGACUGCGGCCAGAGCGACGGGGGGCAAUGUGGCCCUGGCACGCAACGACGGCCGAGCGACGGGCGUGCUCUCGAUGGCGCUCGAGGUGCUCAGGCUGCCGGUGCGCGUGCUUCGAGCGCUAGGUCGAGCUUUGAUGUGGAGAUAG